AUGCAGCACCCUGCAGGCUCUGCGACGCCUGUCGACACAACUUCCUCCACCUCGUCGCAUCCGGCGGCGACUCCGCCAGCCUUCGCUCAGGAGGCAGCCGUGCUGGGCGACGAGACUGCGACGCUGCCCGGUGAGGGACAGGCAGCCGAGUCGCGCACGCCGACGGUGGCAGGCGUUGAGGACGCGGACCCAAAAGUGGAGGGGAUCGUGGGACCCGCUAGCGAUGGAGAAGUGCCGCCGACGCUGAAGCGAAGAGGCGGAACGAACGACUUUGGCUUCCUCCCCAUACCGCCGCGACUACGGUUCGACCCGGACAAGCCGUUCGAGUUUGGCUUGCUCUUGAACAUCGUCUUUGCUUUCGCUGCUACUUUCUCCGUCGCAAACCUGUACUACCCGCAACCCAUUCUCAUCGUGCUGAGCGACAAGUUCAACUGCUCCUACGACCGCGUUACCAACAUCCCGACGCUCCUCCAGGCGUCGUACGCUCUCGGCCUGGCGUUCGUCUGCCCUUUGGGAGAUCUCGUCCGGCGAAGACCGCUUCUACUUCUGCUCGUCGGCAUCGCCGCCAUUCUCUCCCUGAUUCUCGCCCUCGUCCCGUCUCUUGCCGCUUUCCAAGCGAUCAGCUUCUUCCUCGGCGCGGCCUCCGUCACUCCUCAGAUCCUCCUCCCUCUUUCCGGCGACCUCGCUCGCCCGGAACGUCGCGCUUCAGCCCUUUCAAUCGUCUUGUCCGGCCUGCUGCUCGGCAUCCUGCUCGCUCGUGUCCUUUCCGGCCUCAUCGCCGAGAAGGCGAGCGUUUCAGCACUGUACUACAUGUCGUUUGGAGUUCAGAUUGCCAUCUGGUUCCUCGUCUACGAGAUGAUCCCCGACUAUCCUGCGAAGAACCCAGACUUGCACUACUUUGAGAUCCUCUGGUCGAUGGUCAAGUACCUCUUCACCGAGCCGGACCUCGUCCAAGGAUGCUUGAUUUGCGGCGUCGGCUCGAUCAUCUUUUCUGCUUUCUGGACAACGAGCACGUUUAUCCUGGGCGACCUGUACCAUUACAACUCCCUCGAAAUCGGCCUCUUCGCCUUAAUCGGCAUCGCCGGUGUCUGCGCCGCGCCGCUGCUCGGACGACUCGUCGACAACCUCGUACCAUGGGUCGCCGUCCUGCUCGGAAUCGUCAUCUUGGCCAUCUCGCAGGCUAUCUUUACGGGCGCAGCGGGCGUCUCGAUUGGUGCGCUCUGCGUGGUUAUCUUCACCCUCGACAUCGGCAUGCAACUCCAGCAAGUCGCCAACUCGACCCGCAUCUUCGGCAUAUCCUCCGCCGCUCGCGCACGCCUUUCCGCCGUCUUCCUUGUCUGCAUCUUCGCCGGACAAUUGAUCGGUACGGCGGCAGGCACGCGCGUGUACCUCGACUACGGGUACAGGGCGUCAGGCGGACUUUGUCUGGGUUUGACGGGUUUCAUGCUGCUCGUAUUGUUCCUGCGCGGCCCGCACUGCCCCGUCAAGCAGUGGUUCGGCUGGACAGGCGGCUGGGAGCUACGGAAGGCUGUCUACGAGCGGCAACAAGCGGAGCGGCGGACACGCGGUAUAGAGAUGGACGAGAAGGUGGUUUAG